CUUGCUACUAGUAGCAGUCCCGCCUCCCUCUCUCCCUCUCUCUCUCUUUCUGUACAAGGAGUGGCCAUGGCAAGCAGCGAACCGGAGCGCAGAGAUGAGGAAGAAGGCGCUGCAGCAGGUGAGGACGAAGACACGGGAGCGCAGAUCGCCCCGAUCGUUAGGUUGGAGGAGGUUGCCGUCACCACCGGUGAGGAAGGAGAAGACGUACUCCUCGAUCUGAAAGCAAAGCUCUAUCGAUUCGAUAAGGAAGGGAACCAGUGGAAAGAGCGUGGGGUUGGGACAGUGAAGCUUCUUAAACAUAAAGAGAAUGGGAAGGUUAGGUUGGUUAUGCGACAGGCCAAGACACUCAAGAUCUGCGCAAACCAUCUAGUUCUUCCGUCGAUCUCGAUACAGGAGCAUGCAGGGAAUGAUAAGUCGUGUGUGUGGCAUGCGGCUGAUUUCUCUGAUGGGGAAUUGAAGGAGGAGCUCUUCUGCAUUCGUUUUGGAUCCACUGAAAACUGUAGAAACUUCAUGGAAAUGGUUGAAGAGAUUGCCCAAUCCCAAGAGAAAAAAGAGGAAAACAAAGAGGCUACCUCUGCUGCUGGACUUCUCGAGAAGCUCAGUGUUGGGGAGAGCAAAACCGCGGAGGAGAAGAAGGCAGGGGAAGAGGAGAAGGAAGCUGAAAGUGAGCAGGCAAAACCAGAGGCAGAGAAGGAAAAGGAGGAAAAAGAGCCUUCUGCAGCUUAGACAUGGGGUGAUCAGUGUUCAUUCCCCUUGUUGUGAUUUGCAUAUUUCCAUCAGGAGAAUGUCGUUAAGGUUUGUAUGCUUUUACCCCAUUCCUGGCAAAUAGAUUCAAUUUGAGUUGGAUUGGGAACUCUGGAAGCGGUGUCGAAUCGGUCAGUCCGUUGGAGUGCUAUGGUAAGUCUGUCGGUCCAUCGUCGGAUUUCUCCAAUAUCUUCAUUUUGUUUCUGCUUGGUAAUUUUCAGAAGGGUCCGGAUUGUAUUUUUAAUGAAUGUUUUUUGAUGAAUGUGAGAGUAUCUCUUCUCGGCUA